GCACACACUCACACACAGGAGCGCAGUGUUUCAGACGCUUAAAAAAAGUACAGGCAUGGAAAUAUUGGUGAGCUGAAUUGGAGCCACCUCGAAGGGCUGGCGAGCAGAUUUAAUCCUUCUUUGGUACUUUAUUUAUUAUUUUUACGAUUUUUAAGGGUUGUCCGUACGGCAAUAAUCAGGAGGAGACGUACAGUACCUACUUACGCACCGGCCACGCAGCAUGUCCGAGGUGGACUGAGAGGCUGCCCUGCUGGAGCGCAACACGCACACGGAACGGCGCUGAGAGCCGGGAGGGAUAUUUACAAUAGAAACUCAAUUCCUUUGCGAAGAAGAAUAGCAGAGGGAGGAGGAGUGAAAGAUAACACUGGAAUGAAGAGGACCUCGAGAUUCCUGGCGUGCUGCGGAGUUGUGACUGAUGGAUGAAUGUGGUCAUCUGUAGGCUAUAUGCGGCGACAGGUACAGACAUCAUCGGGGUAGCUUUGACAAAAGACGCCUCACCGACAGCCACAACGCCACACCGUGUCUCCAGAAACUCUGCGAUCGGUUGGAUCUGCUCCAUCAAACACUCAUCAGAUCGUUGAAUUUUCCUCUACAGGGUUAAUAAUAGUAAUAAAAAAGGUCGGGUUUUUGUCUCAGCCACAGGUCAUACGGGACACUCUCGGAACUGCUUUCCUUCAGAUCAAGUAGUCUACCGGCCGUUUCCUCGCACGACAGUUAAAGUCAAGGACACGGGGGUCUGGAGCAGAAGCCGGACAGAAGGACAUGUAUCUGAUAUCGACCUUACAGGCUCCCGACUGAUCGUAGCUCACCUUCCCACCGGGCGAACCACAGAUAAAGGCUGCCAGGCGCACCGUCCCCCGCUCCGCGUUAUCGGCUCACUGUCUGUACAUUUAUCAGAAUGGCGGGACUCUCUUGUUGGAAGUAUUACCUCUGGAUCUUUAUUUUAAUGUGCAGGUCGGCGCUGCCCUCGGCGAAAUCGCUGGAGACUAUAAUUUGGAGCUCGCAGAAUCCCAAGUUUAUUGCUGGAAAAGGCCUUGUGAUCUACCCUGACAUCGGGGACAAGCUGGACAUUAUUUGUCCCAAAGCGGACCAGGGAAGAGAUUAUGAGUACUACAAGCUGUACCUGGUGAAAAGAGAGCAGGCUGAGAGCUGCAGUACAGUACUCGAUCCAAAUGUACUGGUCAACUGCAACAAACCUGAGAAGGACAUCAAAUUCACCAUCAAAUUCCAGGAGUUCAGCCCUAACUACAUGGGCUUGGAGUUCAAGAGGAACUUCAGCUACUACAUCACCUCAACCUCCAACGGCACAGUUGAGGGCCUGGAGAACCGGGAGGGAGGUGUGUGCAAGAGCCGAGCCAUGAAAGUCAUCAUGAAAGUCGGGCAAGUCCCAAACGCAGUGAACCCUGUGGUGCCAGAGACUCCAAAGGACAAUGAAAUACCAGAGUCAAGUCCCAGUCCGCCUGACCAGGGUCCAAUUGGGCCUGUGAUGCCAGGAAACUCUGGCCACAAUCAGGACCAACCUGGGACCCCUUCAAAUUCGGACAGCAUCCUGAGUUCCAAAGUAGCCUUGUUCUCCGCUAUCGGUGCUGGCUGCAUCAUCUUCCUCGUGCUCAUCCUCCUCCUUAUCAUCCUCCUCAUCAAGAUGCGCAAGCGUGCCAGGAAAAAUGCCCACUCGCAGGCCCGCCCCUCGGCGCUGUCACUCAGCACACUCUCCAAUCCCAAACUGCCGUGUGGCACAUCCGGUACGGAGCCCAGUGACAUCAUCAUUCCGCUGCGGACAGAGAACAACUACUGCCCUCACUAUGAGAAGGUGAGCGGCGACUAUGGCCACCCAGUCUACAUUGUCCAGGAGAUGCCACCGCAGAGCCCCGCCAACAUCUACUAUAAAGUCUGAUGUGCUUCGCACGGCCAGUGACAUGGUCAGGAGAGAGAGAGAAGAAAACAAAAAGAAAGAGGAGCGCUUGAUUUACGUUCUUGGGGAAGAACACUUUCCUUUUGCAUUUUGGGGACUUGUUGCUUCUUCGAGCCCCUGUUAUUUCUACCACCUGCUGCACAAAUCUGGAGAACACACGCACUGACUAGUAACCAUUGGGCUUGUGAGCUGACUGAUGAGAGAGAGGUUUAUUCUGUUUGUUUGGGUUGUCUGACAAUCCCCACUCCCCCCCUACACCCACCCCCACCCCCUUCCUCCCCCCUCACCUCCCACCCUAUACGUAUCCUCCAGCUGUGUUCUGACAGAGAGAGGGGGGCGGGGCCGGGGCAACCAACCAACAGAUGGAACUCUACCUUCGUGGUUCGCUGUCCCUCUUAACGGAUGGGAUAUAACUUAUCUCAGCUCCCUGAAGUACAGUCUGUGCUACACCCAAUUAAACACACCAUCCUAGCACACUAGCCAGGAGCAGGCGGACACGGGCCUGAGCGCCAACCCAGCCUGCAGUUUUUGUGUGCGAGCAGAAAAAUGUGUGUGUGUAUGUGUGCACCUCUGUGCAUGUGUGCGUGUGUGGUAGUCGGGGCCCCUGUGCUGGGCCAGGAAACUCUCCAGAUAGCUCAGGUAUCUUACACAGUGUGUGAAAUAAUGUGUUCCUCUCCCUUCGCACCUCUGAUGUUUGCCUUACUUACUAUUUUUGAUGGAGGAUUUCCUUGAAACCCCGAUUCAGUUCACAAAGCAGUUGUAUUUUGUUAGACUUUUCCUACAAGUGCACAAUGUAUAGAGUUAAAUAGAUCAUGAUUAUUACUCCAUCUCUUCACCAGUUAUGUCAUCCAUUCAUCUCAUGUUUUGUUUUUUUAGUUUUUCUUAAGGAAGUACCUUGACCUGGAGUGUAGGAGUCGAGGUGUGUAUGUGUGUGUAUGUGAACACUCCCUUCGCCGUUGCUCUGAUAUGAGUUUCACCAUUACUCCGGUAUUUAUGACCUGCUUGUGUGUAUUUCAGGGUGUGUCCCUCUGUGAAGUGUAUGUGUUCGGGCAUGUCCGGACCAGUUUUAAAUGUGGGGAGACUUUAUUGGCUUUGUGGUAGAACACUACAUUACUGGAUCCUAAGCUUCGAAAAAACAAGACAGACAGACUGGUGCGCUGACGCAUAGACAAGCCUAAGAUCUGACAAAACCCCUCAUCGCGCUCCACUUGGAAUCGAUUAAAAGAUCUUACUGUCUGAUGGGCUUUGGUUUUUUAAGACAGCAGGCAGGUUGGUAUUUAUUUGUUCUGUCUUCUGGUGCCACACUUUCAGCAUCAAACAGUGAGGUGGGUGUCUAUUGGAUGGCUGGCACUGAUUGGCUGGCCUACAUAGGUAGGAUGCCCUAUAUAUAAGUUGGAUCGAGAGCUGGGAUACAGUACUGUCAGAUGCCAAUUGGCUGCCAUCUGUAGAUGAGUCAGUGGAGUGCACAGUUGGUGGCUUCGCCAGCGUGUGACUAAUCUGUGUGCCAUCUUCAUGCCCACACUCACCAGCCGGGGAGAGGAGUGGCGGAUAAAGGAGAAAAUGUUCCUGUGACAUGGCUUUAACCUGAGAAGAUGAUGGCAGUUGGGAAUGAAGAUGAGGGGGUAAUGGGUGAGGGAAGUGUAUGAGGUGGAGGAGGGGGGUGGCGUUCAUUUUCCUUCCUCUCACCAGUUGUGCUGUGAAUAAAAAUGCUGCGCAGAAUAUUUCACAGUCAAGGUGUUCAGCCAGCGAGGACACUGCAGCCCAGCUAUCACACAGCCCAGGGCAGCGGCACCGAAACAAGAUUUACUGCAGCUGGAUGUGUGCACGUGUGAGGAGGAGGCAGCGGCUUCUGUGUGGACACAUAGGUGCUCAUGUGCGUCAGGGUUUAUUUGUGCUUACAAUCGCAGUUUCUCAUUGUGUAUGUGUACAUGUGUGUGUAUGUGCAGCUGAACAGACUCGUUUCUCGGACUGGGCCUGGCUGCCAAAGCCGCGAGAGCUGCAGUCCCAGCUAAUGAUGUGUGAGAGGAGAGGGGAGACGAUAAGGACAGUCAUUCUUCAGCACGGAGACAUGAGCUGUCGUUCGGCACACAUGUACAUGCACACACACACACACACACACACACACACACACACACACACACACACACACACACACACACACACACACACACACACACACAAACACACCAAGACUGACGGGUCCAGGUUUAUCUCUGCUUUUAACAGUCAGACUGAUGGUUAAUGUUUAUUCUCUGGCAGAGGCACCUAUCACCCAUUGCCACGUACAGCACUACGGACAUACACUGCUGAGUUAAAAGGCAGUCCAGCUUCAGGACUCUGGGAAGACUCCAGUGGCUCUUGUGUGUCGUUAACCUCAGAGUUAACAACCUAAACAGCUGCUGCUUGUGCUUUUGUGGUCCUGUGUUUUAACUCAGCAAGCAGCCCUCAGUGGCCCUCUGCGAAACACAUCUAGAGCAUAUAUUUUUGUUUCGGAUCACUGCGCAUCUCUUCAGCUACACCAGCUUAGGGAGUCAUUACCAAAUUACCACAAACCAUAUUUCAUUUUCAUGCAUUCUGGUGACCACUUAAUGUUAUUCAAAUUCAAAGUGAAAAAAAAAAAAACAGAAACAGAAAAAUGUAAAUAUAUGGAUAGAGCCCAA